AGCAUUUUACUUAAGCACCUAUUUAUUAAAUUAUCUAUGUAAAAGAGCACUUGUCCGAUAAUAAAAUAGUUAUAGAUGGUAGGUACCGCUGUAUGGCGAUAAAAUGGAAAAACUCCGAGAAACACCGUGAAACAUUAAAGCUUUUUUCACCGAAUGAUUCAUGGAAAACGGAUGGCACUAUCAUUGCUAGGAUAAUCCUAGUGGACGACAAUCAGGACAUUAUCGUCUUCACCUUAGACGACCAAUGCACUAAUCUUUACCAAGGACUCGUGGAAACCCUUCUUCUGAAUUAUAACAACAUAAGAACCUAUUUUUACGGCGUUCACGAAAAGCACGUUCCUUCCAUAACAACAUUUCUGCAUCAGAAAAAUCUUGCUAUAGAUUUCAAUGUCCCGACUUAUUUUUAUUGCAUUUCUCCAGAACAAGCAAGCAAAUUUACAUUAGAGUGUCCCCCUGACGUCUACUUAAAAAAAUUGGAACCUUGUGCAGGCCAACAGGUGGAUGCCGCAUGGCCACAUAGAUUUCCAGGUUCGGAUAAAUAUUUAACGAGUUUUAUUGAAGCGAACGGAGGAUAUGGACUUUUCCUGAAAUCAACCCAUGAGAUGGUAGCGUGGGUUUUGAAGCAUGUAUGGGACCAUUUGGCUAAGCUUCAGACCGAAGAAGCACACAAACGGAAAGGAUAUGCUAGUUUAGUGACUAAAGCCUUAUCUAAGGAGAUAUCAAACGAGGGGCAUUGGCCCCUUGGGACCAUUCUGUUAGAGAACAAAAAAUCAAUCAGCAUGUUUGAAAAAUUGGGAUUUAGCAGUAUUGGUAUUUGUAAUUUCCUUGUCGUUGAUACACGUGCUAAUAAAUAAUGUUUGUGAAAAAUCCCACGAAAGUAAAUCGAUAAUAAAUCAGUCGGAAUUUGCUUAUUACUCA